UAAAGGACUUGGGGGCUGGGGGGUAGCCCAGUGUCGGGAGCCACCGAAAUCCGCAGGACCCCCGGGGCCUGUGCCAGUGCCGCGCGGUGGUGGUUCCACCCAGGUCCGGGCCGGCCCAGCCCAGCGAGCCGGCCGCUCUUUGCAUCCUAGCGAGGGCCGCUGGGCUGAACAAUGGCAUCUAGGCGAGUCACAAGGGAAACUUUUGAUGCUGUGAUACAAGAAAAGGUUAAGAGGUAUCGAAUGGACCACAGUGAUGCUAUAGAAGACACUCUCCAUCAGUUUAAGUCUCAAGGUCAUUCAAGAUCUAUCCCAAGAUCAAGAGCAGACAGAUAUGAAGACAGUUUUCAUGAUGAUGGAAGAUACUCUCGUGAUCCAGUGCAUCCUCGUGACACUUGGAGAGAAGACCUAAGGGAUGAUGUAUUUCCUGGACCUUCAUUUAGAUCUAACAGUCCUCCCAUGAGUGAAGAAAAUUACUAUCAAGAAGAUUUUGGCCGGGACCGGGACUUUUCUCGUGCAGACUCUCGGGAUAGGGACUUCAACCAGGCUGGUUCCAGAGACCGGGACUUUGGCCACCGGGACUUUAGUCAUUUUGGUUCUCAGGAUCCAGAGUUUAGCCACUCCGAGUCUUGGGAGCAUGACUUUGCCCAUCCAAGUUCCCAUGAACCUUCUUGGUCUCAUGAGAAUGACUUUGGUCCUGAGAUUUUGGGUGACUUUCGAUCACCUGGUCUUAUGGAAGAAGAAUAUGUAGACAUGGACAGUCAGGAGUAUGACUUGGACUUUUCAGGCGAGGCAGAUUAUGAAUUCCAGCAGCCAGUGCCAAGGGGUAGGGGCAGGGUACGCAGCAGGGGCCGUGGUGGCCGGGGUGCUGUAGGCACUGCUGACCGGGGUGGCAUUCUUCAGAGUAAGCGGGUGACUAGAGGCGCACUUAAAACCAAAGUCAUUAAAGGGGAUGUUAGGAAAAUUCCCACCAUAAGAAAAGUGAACACUAAAAAACUGCCCCCUAUGGUUCCCUAUCGAAUCAUCCCCAAAACUCGAGGUACUAAUCGAAUUAGGAAAACUAUUCUAAGACCUGAUCUGAGUCCUGGGGUCACCCAAAGGACUGAAAAUGUCCAGCGUCCUGUGCGAAAGACUCCUUUGCGCCCCAAUCAGAAGAUUAGUCGGCUACCCAGAGGAGAAGUCAGUUUUGACCUAGUCGACAAUUCAGACAUUUUUUCAACAUUUGGGAUAGAGAUAAUCAAAUGGGCUGGAUUUCACAAGAUAAAGAAUGAUAUGGAGUUUUCACAGCUGUUUGCGGCUCUCUUUGAGCUGGAAACUGAAACCUGUGCGAAGAUGCUGGCCUCCUUCAAAUGUUCUCUGAAACCAGAACAUAGAGACUUCUGCUUCUUUACCAUCAAGUGUUUGAAACAUUCUGCUUUGAAAACCCCCAAAGUUGACAAUGAGUUCUUGAACAUGCUUUUAGAUAAAGGUGCUGUGAAAACCAAGAAUUGUUUCUUUGAAAUAAUAAAACCAUUUGACAAGUACAUGAUGAGACUCCAAGACCGCCUCCUGAAAAGUGUUACUCCCCUGCUCAUGGCUUGCAAUGCCUAUGAACUGAGUGUGAAGAUGAAGGGUUUCAGUAACCCUGCUGAAGUGGCAGGUGCCUUGGAGACAACCAAUUCCUUGUGUCGUAAGUCUUUAGCACUUUUGGGCCAAACCUUUUCCUUAGCUUCCACAUUCCGACAAGAGAAAAUAUUAGAAGCUAUUGGCCUUCAAGAAGUAGCUCCAGUUCCAGCAGCCUUCCCUAAUUUCGAUGAUUCAACUUUGUUUGGAAGAGAAUACAUAGAGCAUCUCAAAGCCUGGCUGGAGAACAGUGGCCAUCCCAUACAGAUGAAGAAGGCAGAUGUCAGGGUCAUGGAAGGGGUGGCAAGCGUUCCUUCUCCAAAUUCAGAUGUGAUCCCUGAGGCUCUAAAUGGAGUUCCUCAGCGAGCAGACAGAAAGGUUGUUGAGACAAUUGAAAAAUUUGUGAAGAGUAUAAUUGAAGGCAACUUGUCCCCAAAAGAAAGAGCAACACUAAAGAAGAACCCUACUUAUUGGUUCUUAUCUGAUGAGGAUAGUCUGGAGUAUAAAUAUUAUAAGCUGAAGUUGGCAGAAAUGCAGAGGAUAAAAGAGAUUAAAAAAGAUGAGGAACACCAGCCAACUUCAGAGGAAUGUGCCGUGAGAGCAAUGCUAUAUGCAAAGAAAGUCCAGAGCCUAAAGAAGAGAUUGAUUCCCCGUAAAAGGCUUGGGCUACUCUCAUCUUGGGGGAUCAGUGGCUGGAAGAUGAGAAAAUCUACUGUGGGGACACAGACCCUUCUUUCAGCAGGGACCAUGCUGAAGCAUCAGGUCAGACAUGCCCACGGGGUAUUCCAGGUAAAGCCUUCUGUUCCUGAUGUAAACCAUCGUGAGAAGAAUUUGCCAUCCGAGGAACCUGGAUCUCUUCUCUGUGACCCCAGCGCAGGACCUUUGACCUGCCCUCCAAGAACAACUGGGACAGAGGUCUCUUCUGCCUUGCCUGAGCCACUCCACACUCCCUCAUCUUCCCAGUUUGCCAAUGUUGAUGCUAAAACAAUGGACACUGCCGAGAAACUAGCCAAAUUUGUCGCUCAGGUGGGACCAGAAAUUGAACAAUUUAGUAUAGAAAACAGUGCAGACAACCCAGAUCUCUGGUUUCUACAUGACCAAAAUAGUCCUGCCUUCAAGUUUUAUAGAAUGAAAGUGUAUGAACUGUGCCCUUCCAUUAAUUUCACAAAAACCCCACUAAAUCUCAAAGCAGGAGAAGGUCUGAAAUCAGGGAAAAUUUCAGAUCAUGGGGAAGAAGAGGAGCAGGAGGAAGAAGAGCUUGAAGGAGAUCAUUCUCAACAAGGGACUGAACUGGAGCUAGAAUUGGGCCCUGAGGAAGAAGAAGAAGAAGGUACAGAAGAUGACACCUCAGCUCGAGAAGCGUCCUCCAGAAUUGGAGAAGAAACUGGUAGAGCAGCUCAGUCAGAGGGGAUCCCCUCUGAGGAGGCACAAAACACAGGAGCGGAGGGUGAUGGUGCCAGUUUAGCAGCUCUGUCCCAGUCCUCUGCUUCGAGUGCCUGUUUCCCUCGAAAGAGAAUCAGCAGCAAAUCUCUAAAAGUUGGCAUGAUCCCGGCUCCCAAGAGGGUGUGUCUUAUAGAGGAACCUAAAGUUCAUGAACCUGUGCGAAUUGCUUAUGACAGGCCCCGGGGACGCCCUGUGUCCAAGAAGAAGAAACACAAAGACUUGGAAUUUGCUCAGCAGAAACUGACUGACAGGAAUGUGGGUUUUCAAAUGCUUCAGAAGAUGGGCUGGAAGGAGGGAUAUGGCCUGGGCUCACGUGGGAAAGGAAUUAAGGAGCCUGUAAAAGUGGGAACAACCUCUGAAGGGGAGGGCUUGGGUGUUGAAGGGGAAGAAAAUAACGAAGAUACAUUUGAUGUUUUCCGUCAAAGAAUGAUACAAAUGUACAGGCAGAAACGAGCAAGUAAAUAGGUUUGCAGAAGAAAUGUGUUACAGGCUGAAAACGCAGAUGUUUGACAAAGCUGCUACCCUACAGGCUUUCUGGUGAUUUUUAGUUCACUUCAGCAAUGUGCAAAGGGAUUUUCUUUGGCACAGUGAACUCAGAAGUUAAUGUUACCCACCUCCUAGUUUGCCAAGCUUCAGGAUUAGCCUUGCAUUUGCUGCAUAGGCUGACUGACUGGGUGCCAGCUUACCUGGAAGAGACUCCUUUUGACCUGCAGAAUUCAUUCCGUCGUUUUCGUCAAGGUUUUGUCUCACCAAUGAAGAAGGCCUGCAUCUGAGCCCAUACAGGCAACAAGAAGAUUCAGUAGUCAGAAGAAGACCGUACCAAGCAUUUUCCUUGUCUAAGUUCAAUUAGUGCUGGCAUUUUUUUCCAUUUUCCUAUUUUUCAGAUGCCUUCUUUUAUUCCACUUAUUCCUCAGUCAAACUUUGGACAAAAUAGUUGUCUUCAAGGAACAACCGAAAACAUUGAUUAAAGAUAUAGCCUUAAGGUGGUUAAUCUUGAAUUUUUUUUUUUUUUUUUUUUUUUUGCUGACCUGCAUUAUCAGCAGAUCCAGAAUAUAUAUCUGUGUGGAUCGCCAUAGUGAAUGUAUAUACAGAAGGAAAUAUCUGUCUUUGGUGCGAAGAUUGUUUUUUUCUUUUGGGGGUAAAAAGGACCCUUAAAUUUCCAGAAUCCUCUUUGUUUAUUUUAAACCUCUGUCUUAAACCCUUAACCACAAGUUUUUUUCAAGUAUUUUCAUAGUUCCAUUUUUGCUCCUCAGGGAAGCAGAAAUGAACUAAAUCAGCUUCAGGUUAUCCUAUCAGAAUGUAGCACUAACAUGAAAUUCAAAAUACUGAAUCGUCCACUCUGAUUUUCUAUCCUGUGUGCUAAAAAGCAAAAUUAAAAUACAAUUAUUUUUAAUCUGAUUGAACAUUGAGUGACCUCCAGAAACUGUCAGCAAAUCUCUUUUUUGCUUAUGAGACCAAAUGUAUCCUAGGAAUGAUUACAAAUCUCCCUUUCUAAUUGCCUUUCUGAAUUUCAGUAGAAGACAAACUACAGUGCCAAAGUGAGUCCACUGGAGAAUGUCUGGAGGUUCUUCAGAAGACAUGGAAGUCUUUGAACUUGACAAGUGUGUUUACGUGUGGGCAAGUCUUGUAACUUUUUCAGUGUAUCUUAGACCUAGUACAGUCCUGCAGUAGUCUUAGAUACUGGUGUUUAGCGGGGAAUAGUCCAUUAGACUACUUAACUUCUUUCUCCCCAGUUGGACAAGGGUCCUAAGAAAUCAUAGAUUGUGCCACAGUUGUUAAAAAUAAAAACAAACACUUUAUAGUGUCCCGCCCAUUGCUUCUUCUGUGAUGUAUUUUUUGCAUGUGUAGCAAUGGGUAAAGGAUUAUUUUUAUUACAGUCCUUUGUGAGGGAAAGGGGGAAAAAAAAUCCUGUCUUGGGAUUUCCAAUUCAUCUGUUUCUUAUUUAAAAGACUAUGACUGAAGUCUUACUCCAUCUAGCACCAUACUUCUUGUACCUACAUACAGAAUUCUUAGCUACCAGAAAUUAAGUCCUUUAUGAUAAAGUGUCAAUGUUGAAGUUUUUAACAAAUGAUAAAUGCAAGACAACUUGGGAUCCUCUUCAGUAAAUUAUUACAGCUGUCCUGCCGAUUCAGCUAUAAAGCUAAAGAAUAGAAAGCAAUCGUUUUUCCUUGGAGAGUACAGAAAAGAGAGAACUGUCUUUAUUUUGGGUUCCUUGAGGAAUCAUUGCUUCCCCAAAGCAAAAAACAAAAACACCUUCCAGCUGUGAUGACCAGGUUUCUCUUACUACCUUGACUGUCAGCAACACCACUAAGCUAACCCCCCAGGAAUGUAAUACCACAAUACCAGGCCAGACCCUCUUUUCCAGAUGCUCUCUCUAAAUUGAUCCAACUACCAAAGCAAAAUAGCAAUAGGUAUGCAAUGUUCAGUUUCACAGGUACAGUGGCAUCUUGUUCUGCCACUUGGUAAAUGCCUCUGCCUUUCAACCAAAAGUUUAAAGUGUCAAGACUGGCCUGUAUUGAUUCAAGAUUUAAUUUGUGAUUUGGUUUGGAGAUGCUGAAGAGUUUGGCCUAAGAAAUGAGUGAACGUGCCUCAUUCAGAAAAGUUUAACAAAACAGGCAGCUGCACAGCUACAUUAGAAGAUUCAACAUAGGCUUCUUUGGGAAAUUUGGGGACAGCAAAAUUUUAUGUGGCUUUUUCUGGAUCCCUGUCACAAAGGUGCAUUCCCUGCACCUUUUUCUUAACUUAUUUUCAAUUGGCCGUUAAUGAUGGUCUUUUGGAAUUAGACAUUCUUCAGUUGCUAAUUUUUUUCAAAUGUGGCUUUAUGGAAGCAAUGUGAUUGGUCUCUGAAGACGAUUUUUCAUAUUCCCUCAAUAUGGGUGUAGCUCUUUGCGGCUCAUCCACAAGAGACUUUGAUGCUAUUAUUGCCACUUCACCUCUUCUUCCAUAUUGGCCUUUUGGAAGCACUUUCAUUCUUUCAACUAGCUAGAGUUCUGUUUACAAUUAAGAGAGCGUAAUUCAGAGUGUGGCUUCCCACAUUGGGGCACUCCUACUUUCUCAGCUACCUAGUCCCUAGUCAUUAUUCUGGGAAUGUUUUGGUUUGAGCUGAGAUUGCUGGUACAGUACCAUUUUGGGGUACGUGAAAAUAACCUAUAAAAACCUAGGUUAUAUUCCCUCCUGAUUGCAAUUCAUUGGAAAGCAAUUUGCUGGAGUAUAACCCACUCUUGGAAAGAAAUGUGAAUUGUGGUUCUUGAGGGAGUCUUAAACUGCUGUCCUGGAUAAUUGUAGUAUGGUCGGUCUUUCUUGUACCAAACUUCCGUUUGGGGCGAGAUGCCAGAUGAGCAGCACUGGUGCUAAGAUUCUAGUGUGGCUCACUAUUGGGUUCUCCCAUACUACCUGCCUCUCCUUUGUGAAAGGAAUCCCCCCUGCUUUACCCUGCUUCUGCAGGUUGAAUUGAAAAUGCAGUACAUAAGAUGUUGCACAAAUACACUACUUUGUUAAAGUUACUAGUUUCUUUUCUGUUAUUUUAGUUUCCAGGGUCUCUUCGUGAAGACUACAAGCAUCAAUGAAAAUUUUAACUUACUUCCAUGGUGUGUUUACUGUCUCUUGGUUUGUUUUUAUCCUGGGUAAUCUUGUAGUGAAUUUUGAUAUGUUCCAUGUAAAUUGGCUAAAGCCUAGAAGAUGCUUGUGAUGAUGGAAGUUUAUUUGGGUUUGUUUUUUUGUUUGUUUGUUUUUUUUUAGUUGUGAACAUUGUUAACCUUUUAGCAGCUAUAAUAAAUGUAGAAAGAAAACAUU